GUUUCAAUCCCUUCCCUUUUAGGCGCUCCCCAGGGAAUAAUCGGUUUUGUCUAGAAUGGAGCAAGGGUACGAAAAACGACUGUUAGGGUCUCCUUAUAAAUCGCCCAUUAAAACAGUUAGCCCCAUGAAGACUCCAACGAAGGAAAAUUACAUGGACCGAUACAUCCCAUUGAGAGCAAAUGCACGUUGGAAAACGUCGACAUCUUUCGAGCAAACAAAUAGUAAUCCAACGCGUAAGCUGUUUCAAAGUAGUCGCGGAAAUACUGAUGGGCUCAGUAACGAUGUUGAUUCUCCAAAUCAGAAUGGCUAUCCAAGUCACGGUCUUGCGUCUUUUACUGGCGAAAGUAACUGGGGAACAUCUGGUGUCAAUUCGGCCAUGCAGGAGCCUGCACCACCCACGGAAGCGAGAGGCUGCGACCUUCUCUCUGCUCUUGUAGCCAACGAACUUGAGGAAGCCUCAUUAGGUGGGGCUUAUAGCCCUGUGAAUUCAAGAUGCAGUUUCGGUAAUUCUGGCGUUCUGGCAGCUAGAGAAAACAACAAUGUGUUUUCCUUCAAGCUUAGAAGGGAGAGUCCAUGUAAAUUGAAAACAUCUCCCUAUACCAUGUCUCCAGUAUCUGAAAAAAGUCAACAUUUGCUGAAGUUUCCACAAAAACAAGCGCGUAAAAUAUCUCGGGUACCAUAUAAAGUUCUAGAUGCUCCGGAGCUACAAGAUGAUUUUUACCUUAAUCUUGUUGAUUGGUCUUCUCAAAAUGUACUGGCGGUUGGGCUGGGAACAUGUGUUUACUUGUGGAAUGCUUUCACUAGCCAGGUUACUCGAUUGUGUGAUGUUUCUGGAGAAACCGAUGUUAUUUCAUCAGUUGCGUGGUCCAAAAAGGGUAGUCAUUUAGCGAUCGGCACUUACCGUGGUCAUGUUCAAAUAUGGGAUGUGACUAAAAGUUCCUGCAUACGCUCACUAAACGGACAUAUCGCUCGUGUCGGUGCUUUGGCGUGGAAUGCUGAUCUUCUGGCAUCUGGCAGCCGAGACCGUUAUAUUCUGUUACGUGAUACACGUGCUUCAGCUAAUUCUGGUGGUGGACCCACUGGUCAUCUACCUACUACAAAUCCCUCUACUGCUUCUGUAUUAACUGCUGAACUUGCUGAUAGGGAUGAGAUUAUGACUGAUUUCAAUUCCAUUAGUUCACCGAGUCACAUUGAUCAAGUAGAAAGUGACCCAAACUAUCUGCGGGCUUCAACACCUAUGGUAUCGAUCAAUAGUGACCUUCCGGAAGUUGAUCCUCCAAGUACUCCAGCUCAAACGGAUAUAGACAUGCUUGGGUUUCGAGAUACGGAUCACGCUUCAUCAUGGUCUGCCGCAAGGACGUCAGCAAAUUCCACUGUCAUCCAGACCACUGCUUUACAGUCGAUCGAAAAUGGAGCAGAUCGUCUUGUUCCUGGAGCAGUACGUGUGCUAAAGGAUCAUAGACAAGAGGUAUGUGGGUUAAAAUGGUCUCCUGACAGUCAGUAUUUAGCGUCAGGAGGUAAUGACAAUCGUCUACUCGUUUGGAGUCAGCAUGCACCAUCUACUGGUGGCCCUGUCUUAACGUACGAAGAGCAUGUGGCCGCUGUCAAAGCAAUUGCAUGGUCGCCUCAUCAACAUGGAUUACUCGCAAGUGGCGGUGGUACAGCUGAUCGUUGUAUUCGAUUUUGGAAUACAUUAACUGGUCAGGCUUUACGUAGCGUGGAUACUGGAAGUCAGGUUUGUAAUAUUGCCUGGUCCAUACAUAGUAACGAAUUGGUCAGUACACAUGGUUACUCACAGAAUCAAAUUCUUGUUUGGAGAUAUCCUAGUCUAACACAGUUAGUCAAGUUGGUUGGGCAUUCAUAUCGUGUGCUGUACCUAGCAAUCAGUCCAGAUGGUGAAAACAUAGUAACUGGUGCAGGAGAUGAAACACUUCGCUUCUGGAAUAUAUUUACUAAAGCCAAAACUCCAAAAGUUAGUAUACUAAGUGUUGUUUGUGUCGUUGUUUUUAUUUCGACCUUGUAUAAUUGGUUGAUCUGAUCAUCUAGUUUUGAUCUCUUCAGAUAUUUGGUUAUGAAAUGUUUUUAUCUGUGGUUAACCAAUAUAAUUCCAAAUAGUUACGAUGAUUUUCCAACAGUUCACUUACAGAACAUGCAGAUACUACUCAUCUCCCUGGGGUGAAUUUUUUCUAGUAUCCUAAUAACUAAUUUUCCUAGCUAAAUUAGUUUUUUUGUUGCAUACUGUCACUAUCAAACGGAACAAGGUAAAUUCACACACAAAAGCCGUCGAGUUAAUCUUUUUAAAUAUCACAUAAGUUUGUCAGUAGGCUCCAACUCAGUGGGGUUGAAAAGACUAUGAGUAAUCUAAAGCGAGGAAGGGCAGCUGGGCUUAACGGAUAUUCGUAGGUCACCAAUAUUCGUUUAUAGGUGUCUUUGAAGCAUUGUUUACGUGUUUUGCGAUCAGUAAGUAAUCAAAGCCUGGGUUAGGGAUAAAUUUCUAUAUGAGGAUGAGAAAUCGAUUGAUGAGGCGGCCAAAUCGAAACAUGGCAUCAGUUCACGGAGUCACUGACAGUUGGACUUAACCAUGUUCAUAAGUGUAUGCUGCCUGGUUAGAGUCCGUGUGAUUAUCGUAAUUAAUAGUUAGGGACAUGCCUCAAAAUCGUUUGCAGUAGCGCAGAUGCAUCCGUUCUUUGUUUUCCCCAAAUCCUGCGAUUCUAAAUCCCUCAUAACUUUUUUGUUUUUAUUUCACUAACUUUUAUUUUCUUCUUGAGUCGUAUCUUCGAUGUUUAAUUUUUACUAUUACCACUGAUAUUGUUACUAUCUCUACUAUUCUGGGAUUUGGUCUGGAGAUCUAAUCACUGUGCUAAUGGGGUUUAGGAACUUGAACCCGAUAUACAUACGUACUAGGUUCUACGUUAUGAUUAACUGUGUAAUUUGGUGCAUGUCUUCUAUGUAUUGGUAACCUGCUUAAUAGUUAUAUUUCGUUGUAAGUUACCUCUUAAUUUCGUUAUAAUACUCAUGUCUGUAUCAAUUAUUGUAAAUAUGAAGCGUUUCUGUUGACUUAAUAUACAGGUUUCUAGCCUUAUAUAUAUAACAUCAGAUGAUUGACUGGAAACAGCAGAUAAAAAAGUACUUAUCAAUAGACAAUCAAAUAUACUCUGUCGUUAAAUAGAUGUAUUUCACAUAAUCUGGUUUCUCUAAACAUGAGUAGCUGAAAGCAAACUUAGUACCGUGGUAUUUAUUUUAUGUUAAACAGAGUUAUGAUGUUCAUGGAAUCACACCAGUUAAUAUGUUUAUAUUUUAGUGUGGAUGUAAUGAGUGUUAAUUUUUAUCGUAAAUGAAUUUUUAUGUUAUGCACAAAUAUGUUGCAUAUAUAUAUUCAGUACGAGUAACUUUUGUGCUACCGUAUGUUUCACAACUUCAAACUAUCUCACAUUAAAUCCAUUGAUUUUUAUUAGAUGCAACCAUCUUCACUGAACUUAUUCAAUGGGAUUAGAUGAUCUAUCUAAAAAAGAAGUCUUUCAAAACCUGUGGAUAUUUCUCCGAUGUGUUUUAUUCUACUUAGUAAAUAUAUAUGUAUCAUCAACAAUGUGCGCACAUUAGUUAUAUGCUAUCCAUACAUAUUACUCGACUAUAUUAUUCAUUUCUGUAAAUAUAUGAUUACUUAUUGAUAGAAAUUUCAAAUGUGUUAAUAACUAUAUAUUCCAUCAUUAACAAUUACAUUCUGGUCGUAUGUAUCAACGCCAUAACUCUUAUUUUCUACAGGUCUUGAACUUCUAACUUUUACUUCAGUCAGUUCAACUGUAUGCAAUAUUAUAUGGUUGCUUCUUAUUUCUGUCUUUACUUAUUACAUAUUGAACGAAACAAAAUAGUAAUCAUUAUUAAUUUAUAUUUUCCUCACAAUUGCUUGUCUUUGUGAAAUUGUACUUAUAAUAUAUUUCUUAGUUUUGUAAUUCCUUUAAAUAACACAUUGUGUAAGCCACUGUGUAUCUGUUCAUCCUGGUCAUUUGUGACAACUUUUUCUUUUCUUUUAAUCUAUUUGUAUUUUUCUUUUGGCUGUCUGUGUCGUAUUUAAUUCAACUUCUUUGACACUGUGAUAGUCUUCCUCAUAAUAAUAACAAUAAUAUAUAUGUACAUAUAUAUAAUGUGCAGCGAAAAUAAAACAUCAUCUUAGU